GAAUCAAACCCAUAGAUCACACCUGUUGUAACCCUUUGAGAAGCUUAUGAUAUAUACUAUAAAUAGUGUGUAAAUAGGUCGUUGAAAUCCGCCAUUAAUAUUUGAUGUAUUUGAUAUUGCUCUCUGCGUUGACCUGGUUAGCGACGUGUCAAUGUUCUAUCGAACAGGACACGAAGGAUUGUGAUCUUCUGAAGCUGUGGCUUGAAUCCACAUCAGUGUCAGUGGAGCUUAGUAAACAGGGUUUCCACAGGGAGGUAAUAACCACUGUUGAGCUCAGCCCUGCUCUGCUCAGUAGUGUCAGAGUUCUGCUGGUUUAUCGAUGGCCUCAAGGUGUCUUCAUCGAUCCGUACCAGCUCGCAUCCCUGAGAGAUCAAAGGGAUUGGCAGAUAUUGCUGGAUUCAGACAUUGACCUCGAGGUGCCUGCUGAAAAGACUUCAGGAUUUGUCAGCUAUGUGUUUCCCAGCCCUGAUGAUCCAACUCCCAGGCUACUAAAAGUAACAAUUCCAAUACAUGGCCGCUACCAUGAGCCCUCUUCAGUUGGGAAAUCAUUUGCAUCGGUCGACAUCCAACCUCCUGAGCUGCUGCUACGGGAUGACAAAUGUUUGCAGCUCAACAACUUGGAGCCUUACACUGUUGUGGAGGCCCCCUGCACUGUAGACAACUCAAGCACUUGUUCAUGGGUUACAAUCCAGCAGCAUCAGCGUGGCCCCGUGAGUUUACGGAUCCCAGUCGGUGACCGGUCUCUGGUGACGCCUGUGUGCGGUGGAACUCUUCUGGUCACAAUGAUCUGCUGUGUGGUUCUGUCCAGAUACAUGUGGAAUCAUCAAAUUAUUCAGUGAUGAUCAGCAUACCUCAAUUGUAUACAUAAUUGAAUAGUUUUGUCUGAUACUGGGAUCAUUAUGAUAUUAUUAGGAUCAUCAACAUCAAAUAGGCAUUCAGAGAUAACACUGCACAGAUAUAAAUAGAAGGUCCCUUUGAGAUGACACUAACAAGAUCAGGUUUUAUAAUUUUUCUGGAUUUUCUCUGCAAAAUAAUCUAGAAAACCCACUUUUUAAAACAGGCCAAAAUUAGUGCAAGUAAACAUGUUUUUUGUGGUAAAUCUUCUUUUUCCCUAUAAUCAUGGCUCACAGAUAGUAGCAUAGCCUAGGGCAUAGCGGAAGAUGGCCUUUGUUUAUUUAAUCAGUUUGAAACACUUAACUCAUGAAUGAGGUGUUGCCACCUAUCAUGUUUAUAGGAAGCUCUUAAUCCUAUUUGCAUAUAAUAUUUAAGAUCCAAGUAACCAAAAGUAAAAUCUACUCUUAACUUCCACAGCUUCCUGUGCCAAGAUGUGUCCAUCUUAAUAUUUGUUGACAGUGAAGCUUCUUUUUAUUCUGUUGUACCUUGGGCUGGGCAAUACAACAAUAUCAAUGAUUAUUGCAAUACAAUUUUAAUAGAUAGCAAAGGUUCAAUGUAUAUUUAAAUAUUUAUUAUGCAUUGUGCACAGUGAGGAGGCAUAACACUUAAUUGAAAGUGUUUCUCUCUGCUUGUGAAGUAGAGUUUAAAACCACAACCUUUGCCCUGCAGCGAAAAACUGUAUUUAAACUUAACAGAAAUAAUAUGACGUUUAUCAUGAUAAUUGUUGAUAUUGACUGACAUUUUUCAGCCACAUCGUCCAGCCUUAGUUCUACUUAUGUUGUCAUGAAAUAAUAAUAAAAAAUGUCAUAAAACUAUAGUGCAUAUUGGGGCCAGGUAUAAACCUAACAUGCAGUAUUUUAACUACAACCUUUGUGCUUUUGUAAAUUGUUAUUAAUAAAAUAUUUUGAGAUUCUGUGUUUAAACAGAGGAGCAUUACAGACGUACACAAGGCUGCUGUAAAUAAAACAAAUACAUGUA